AUGGACGAAGAAUUCGAAGCUUUGCACCGUAACAACACGUGGAAACUGGUAUCGCGUGGAGCAGGGGUUCCGAUCGGUUGCAAAUGGGUCUACCGUGUCAAGCGCAAAUCGGAUGGCUCCGUUGAUCGGUACAAGGCACGUCUUAUGGCCAAAGGGUUUCUGCACACAGCGGGUCGAGACUAUUUCGAAACUUACAGUCCGGUUAUGAAACCAGUCACUAUCCGGUUGGUCCUGACUAUUGCGUUUAGUCACCGCUGGUGUGUGCUCCAGUUAGACAUUAACAACGCCUUUCUGCAUGACACGCUUCAUGAGGAAGUUUACAUGGAGCAGCCAUCGGGAUAUGUUGAUCCGCUUUACCCUUCUCAUGUUUGCAGGUUAACCAAGGCUUUGUAUGGCCUUAAACAAGCCCCGCGGGCCUGGUACCAGGAGCUCUCGCUAUUUUUGCAGCGCUGCGGGUUCACCAAGUCUCGAGCUGAUGCUUCAUUGUUCAUUUAUUCGUCUCAUGAUGUAAUUGUUUAUUUCUUAGUCUAUGUAAAUGACAUUUUGCUGACAGGCAAUAAUGUUCCAUGGCUAGAUCAGUUUGUGAAGACUCUGUCAGCCCGGUUUGCUCUAAAGGAUCUCAGUACACUUCAUCAUUUCUUAGGUGUCGAGGUCACCUCUACGGCUGGUGGUAUGUUCCUUUCACAAAGCCAGUACAUAACUGAUAUACUCACACAGUUCAAAAUUGAUGGUGCAAAGGAUGUUUCAACACCACUUGUUGUUUCAGACAAACACGUGCCACUCCAGUCCCCUGGUUCUGCGACGGAUGCUACUCAGUUUCUUCGUUUGCUGGGCCUUAUGCAGUACUUUGUGAUCACCCGCCCGGAUGUGGCCUUUGCGGUCAAUCGACUCUCGCAGUUCAUGCAUGCGCCUUCGGAGUUGCACUGGCAAGCUGCGAAACGCCUGCUUCGUUAUCCUAAAGGGACUGUUUGCCUCGGUUUGUUUCUUCGUGUUGGUCAGCCAUUAUCGCUACGUGUCUAUACCGACUCUGACUGGGGUGGGAUCAGCACUGCUGGGCGCUCUACUACGGCCUACUUGGUAUAUUUGGGCACCAACCUUAUCUCUUAA